AUGCAGUUCUUCGUAGUUCUUUUGCUAGUCGCGACCCUCUUGGCUACUACCGCUAACGCUGCUGAGUGCUCUUCGUACCACGGAUCCUAUACUUGUCUCAAUUCUACUGCUCUUCUAGAGUACCGCGAGAUUAUCGACUCGUGCCUUGGACAUCGGAAUGGUGGCUCGUACUCCCUAGACGGCUGGAGUAUGGAGAUCGACUUCUGUGCUUGA